GAGAGCAGCCCACAAGCAGCAGAACUCAAAGAGUUGCAGCAUCAAACGGAACACAGCGAUAAUUGAGAGCAUGAAGUAUCCACUCCUCCUGUUGGGUUGCCUGGGCAUGGCCCAUGGCCUGGCCCUGUACGCGGCCUCCUAUCCGUUCGUCUACUCCGCCGGAGGAUCGGCUGUGUACACGCCCACGCAGCAGCAGUACAUCUCGCAGGAUGCCCUUGGCCAGUACUCGUAUGGCUAUGCCGAGCCACUGUCCUCCAAGCAGGAGACCCGCUCCCUGGAUGGCACCACGCGGGGCACCUACAGCUACAGGGAUGCCGCAGGCAAGCUGCAGACCGUCGACUACUUGGCCGAUGCCCAGGGCUUCCAUGUGGCAGCCACCAAUCUGCCCAAGGCAGUCAUUCCCCGAGAGCUGGUGACCGGGAGGAGUGCCUCGCAUGGCAGCGGAGUGCAUCCCGUGGCUGUCCAUCAUCCCGUGGAACAUCAUUCCGUGAAGCUUCCCCAUUCCGUGGAGCAUCCUGUUGGACACAUCGCUGAGCCUUCCUCCUCCCACGUGGGCACUGGCCGCAGUGCUCAUCCUCCAGCUGUGGGCCAUCCCGAGGCAGUUCACCAUCCCGUGGAGUAUCAUCCUGUGGAGCAUCCAGCUGGCCAUGUGGCAGAGCAUCCCUCUGGCCGUGCUCAUCCCGAAGGCCACGAACUCCCCCAGCCCGUGGGCGACACUCCUGAAGUGGCCGCCGCCAAGGCCCUCCACCUGAAGCGUCUCCACGAUGAGCAGCAGCGCAACGAGAUUCUCACUCCCCACAUCGCAGUGCCCGUGCCAGUGGCCCGCAGCCACCACGUCGUGGUUCCAGCUGCCGUCUACGGCUACACUCGGCCCCAGUACUACUCCUCCGGCUUCUACUACUGAGAGGGGCAGCUGUGCAGCAUCAAUCCUGGAUUUCGAAAUUCAAAAUAAAGUCAAAUAUUUGUGAAACUA